AUGGAAACCAACAACUUUAUCAUUCAGGAUAAAUUUGAAGAUAUAUAUCAUGAGUUACACACCAUUCUUCACAUAUUCCCAUUGAUAUUACAGGGGAUCACCUUUAUCCUCGGCAUCCUGGGAAAUGGGAUUGUGAUCUGGGUAGGUGGCUUCUAGAUGACAGGCACAGUCACCACCAUCUCUUACCUGAACCUGGCCUUAGCUGACUUAUCUUUCACUGCCAGCUUGCCAUUCCUCAUUGCCUCGAUGGCCAAGGAACAGUGGCCUUUUGGUUGGCUCCUAUGCAAGUUAAUUUACAUUGUGGAGGACAUAAACCUGUAUGGAAGUAUCUUUCUGAUUACUGUCAUAGCUCUGGACCGCUGUAUUGUCCUGCAUCCAGUCUGGGCCCAGAAUCACCACACUGUAGGUCUGGCGAAGAGGGUGAUCACUGGACUCUGGAUUCUGGUCCUAGUCCUUACGUUGCCAGUUAUCAUCUUCAUAACUCCAGUAAAAGAGUAUAAGGAAAAGAAAAUACAUUGUUUAUUCUACUGGGGUGACACCAUUGAACAGAGCAUGAAGGAGGUGAUUCCCCUGCCGGAGUCCUGCAUGAUCAUUCGGUUCAUCAUUGGCUUUACUAUCCUGAUGUCCAUCAUCACUAUCUGCUAUGGGCUCGUUGCUGCCAACGUGCAAAAAGGCCUGAUUAAAUCCAGCUGUCCCUUAUGGGUCCUCACUGCUGUCAUAGUUUCCUUUUUUCUCUGCUGGUUCCCUUUUCAACUGGUCUCCCUGCUAACCAUAGUCUGGGGCACAGAGAUGAACAGUAAGUACUCGAUCCUUUUAAUCCUACUUAAUCCAACGAAAUCCCUGGCCACCUUCAACAGCUGCCUCAACCCUAUGCUCUAUGUCUUCGUGGGCCAGGAUUUCCAAAAGAGACUGAUCCACUUCCUACCUGCCAGACUUGAGAGGGCGCUGAGUGAGGACUCAGGCCAGGCUAAUGACACAGCUGCCAAUUCUACUUCACCUCCUUCAGAUGCUGUUACGGGCAAUGUGAGGAGGGAGCUUUGGGACAAUUUCCAGAAUAGAUUAGCUUCAUCUCACCUUGAGUCAUACUAG